AUGUCGCCCGGGGCAAUGGCGUGGGCGGAGCGGGAGGAGGAAUGUCGAGGGCGCACGAAUCUCUCGAGUCGGUGUCUACUUGCAGACUCUGGCAGAGCUGCUGGGGGGGAUAAGAGGACGAGGUUCCGGAUACCUACCAGCCUCUACCUACCAGUGGCAGCCGGCAGCCAGCAGCAGCUUAGUGCCGCAGCGGCGAAUGAUGGAUGGGGGAAGGUGCGAAGUGGGGACUGGGAAGCCCGCGUUCGAGCCCCGGCAGCCAGCAUGGGGACAUGCCCAAGCCUACAAGACCCUCGCGCUCGACUUGUUCUGCCCUGGUGCACUGUGCUCGCUGCAUUUCCAAGCAUUGCCUGCCGCAUCGGACGAAAGAGCGCGCUUGACUGGGGACGCCGCUCUGCGCCUCCUCCUCCGCCUCCUCCGCGCAUCUGCUGGCCGAUAAAGCUACCAUUCCGCCGUCCCGCUGCCCUCCCCACGAUGACGACCGUCUCGAUUUAUCAGCACAGCGAAGAACCUGGCACACCCCCAUCCUGA